AUGAGCGAAGUCAAGUCAGAACCUGUCGCGGUCGCCGAAGAGACCAAUAAUCCAGUUACACCAAAUGAGAAGCUCUCGCACAACAGCACGGCCAUCGGCACCACCGUCGACCCUAACCUCCUAGACUCACUCGAGACACCACAUCACAUCCAGCAAGUUGUCCGCGAAGCAAUCCUGCUAGCUGGCGGCGCAGCCGCAAUCCUACUACAAAUUGCCAAUCCCGGCGUUGCCAAAGGCGUUGACGAGCACAGUAACUUCGCCUAUCGCCCUCUUGACCGACUCCGCACCACCAUGACAUUUAUCUACUGCAUGGCCUUCGGCUCGCGAGACGAGAAGAAAACCGUCAUAGAAAUGGUGCAUCGCGCCCACGCCCCAGUCAACGGCCCAGGCUACAACGCCAACGACCCAACACUCCAGCUCUGGGUAGCCGCCACGCUCUACGCCGUGGGCACAGACCUCUAUCAACAAGUCUUUGGCCCCAUGAACGAGGAAACAGCUGAACAGCUGUACCGCGAGUACGCCAUCCUAGCAGUCUCCCUACGAGUAUUGCCUGAGAUGUGGCCUCCCAGCCGAAAGGCAUUUUGGGAAUACUGGGACUACCAGAUCGCCAACUUGGAGAUCAGUCAACAUGCUAAAAAUGUUGCCAGUGAUUUGCUCUAUAGCAAGCAUGCUCCAUUUAGGGUCCGGGUUGUGCUGCCGCUGGUGCGCGUGACGACUACAGAAAUGCUGCCGGUUCGACUGCGGGAGGCAUAUGGGCUUCGGUCUACGGCGAUUCGGCGAGGGGUGAAUCGUGUCACGGUCGAGGUGACCAAGGCUACAUACCCGUUCCUUCCGAAAUUCAUUCGGACGUAUCCGAUGCAGUAUUAUCUUAAGGAUAUGCGGCGGCGGAUAAAGAAGAGGCAGAAGUUGGAAAUUGAUAUGUCGGAGAAGUAA